GUGAAAGGGGUCAGCGAGUUGUCUGGUACAGUUUGAUGGUGUCAAUUUGUAAAUAUAUGGUUUCUCGCCGCUUUACCACAGCGGUACAGCUAUCAGCAGAAAUCAUGCAACAAAGGACUUAUGAGGUUAGUUGGUUUGGGGGUUGUUUUUCUUUUACGAAGAUUAAGAAGCAACCGAGACUUCAAUUUCGUGGCUCAGAUAUGCAAAGCUGAAGAGCGGUCAUAGUUACUGUUUCGAACUUGCACUCAUCGUGUAAAUUCAACCCAGCAUCUUUGACUAGAUCUAAUGACUUUCUUUGAAGGAUGCUGUGAAGAAACUAAACUCUCUUCAAACGAAUGCUCAAGUCUUGGAGCAAAUCCGCAAAACGCGGGGAAGGCUGGCACAGAAUAACUUACCGGAGAUGAGAAGCUUCACUGAGCGAGCUGGGGUCAAAGUGAGUUUUACUGGUUACACUAUCCUUUGUUUGUUUUUUAAACUACCUACAGGUUAUCUGUUCGUUAUUCUUUUUCACCUGCAAGGCUCGGGAAGGUGUCAGAAGCAUAUACAGUGUGUAACUUUAGAAACUCUCGCCAUUGUUGUUAUUAUUUCACGUGACGUUAUUUUACUUUCGUGACAAAUGUGAAUUUUUGGCGGGUAAUCAUGUGUUAACAAAAUUAGUGAUCGUCAUUUGAAGGUGAGAUGUGUGGCCAUGUCUGUGUUUUUGCGGUGAAAUGGGUAAAAACGUGAAAUGCAUUACAAAAUUUUAAUUCUUUUCCUUAACAAUCUUUCCUUAAUGUUGUCAUUUAAAGUCUGGUAGAAAAGCAUUAGAGAGCGCGAUUUGAAACACUGCACUGUGCUACUGCGCGCUGAAGCUUGUCAAGUAUCCAACAUACUGUCUCCAAUUGAUUGUACAAAGUAGAAUCAGUUUAAUUGAAUGAGAUUUGUGUAAUGAGAGCGUUAUUAAAUUCAUGAAAACAACCAUUCAGAACAACUCAGAUGUCUCAAUUAUAGUUAAGGGGGUAAGUUUCUAAAGAAACUGUGGUGCUGCGUCAGUAGGAGAGUACAACAGGGUGAUUUAGUGUUAUCAACUGAACUGAUAAUGUAAAUUGGUUACCGUAAAGAGUUUAAAGGCUGACAUUUCAAGCGUUAGCCCUUCAUCACACACUGCUCUGAUGAAGGGCUAACGCUCGAAAUGUCAGCCUUUAAACUCUUUACGGUGACCAAUUUACAUUAUCAGCCCAGUCGAUAACUCUAAAUUACCCUCUUGAAUAUAGUUGUCAGAUUUAAUUGGGUUCAAUAAUGCACUUUGUAUUAUUAAUUACCAAUAUUUUUCAAAAAAAACAAAAACAAAGCCAAAAAAAAAAAUAAGCAAAUGCCAAGUGAGGGCAAAUGAGGCAAAUUUAGUUUUUACAGAGGCAGCGCUUAUUAAAUAUUCAUCACUGAUUUGACAAAAGAGUGAAAGGUGCAUAUAUCAAUUGAAAUCAACUUGAAACGGUUUUUUAAUCAUGCGUUUGUGAACUAUUGAGUUCACAAGAGUGUAAUUCUUUUCUAACUUCUAUUUUGCCUUUUGUUUUUUUUUUAAAUAUCACACUUUGCAUUUUAUUGGUGACAACUUUAUUGUAUUUAGUUGUUUCUUGUUAAUUUAACUGGAGGUUGAGACUCCAUUUGGAUGAAGGGUAGCAUUACAUUUUGGCUUACAAAUGGAAGUUCAGAAACUUUUUAAUCACACAGAGAUACUAUUUGCAAAGAAUAAGAUACGGUGGCUAUUGCUCCCUUGAAUUUUUAAUAAGAAAAUGGUUCUUUGUUCAUAGAUGGAGGAUCUAGAUAAGCUGUCUAUUAUUCACAUCAGUGGUACAAAAGGAAAGGUACACUAUCAUUGAUUAUUUUUUAUUCAUAAGUAAUUCAUCUAGCCAUCUGGUAUCUUUUAACCCUAGAUUAGCUUAAAUCACACACUCCUAAGUUUUGCUUAAGUGUACAAUCAGUUAGACCUCCCACAAUUCAAUUAUUUAAAUUUAUAAUAACAGUAAUACUCCGUAUUUCAGAAUUUCCUUGCUUUCAGUGUUUGGUUGCAGUCCUAAUUUCAUAUCUGCAGGUUUCUGUUUUUUUUUUACUUACACAAAGAAUGAAAUAGUGGAUAUUAGUUGAACUGUCAAUGUUCAGUGGUUGAUUAUUUAUGAACCCUCUGACUCUCAGGAGUGACCCAAAAAGAAUUCCCUUUUAAGGUAUCCAUAGAUUUUCAAGCUCAAAAUUUAGGUUUACUGAAGAAAAAUCAUUUGCCUUUUUUAGAAACAAAUUUCUUUGCAAAAAGGAAAAUUCAGCUUUAUCAGAGUAUACUUGCCUAACCAACCAUACAAUUGGGUGGGAUAAUUCUAAAAUUAUCAUCACUAAUCGGCAUUACCACCAGCGCCUUUGUUUGGAGGCUUGGCACAUUAACUCCGCCCACGCCCCUUUAAAUCAUGACGAUGGCGGUCUGCUUCCUGACGCCUAUUUACACCUCGUCAGAAAAAAGGCCACUAAUUAGUGAUCAUAUAAAAGGACCUCUUGUUGCAGCGUUUAGAUCACCCCUGAUGAAGGCACUAGACAGGACUGUUGAAACAUUGGGUCUAUGAAUUGUAACUUCUUCAGUUACAUUCAUUAAAUCUGCAAACCAGUGUAGCAUCAAACUAUAUCUGAUUGUCCACCUGGUUGCCGUGUGAACUUUAAUAAAUCAAAUUUAAGGUUUUCCCUCUAUUUCUUUGAAGGGCUCAACUUGUGCAUUUUGUGAAAGCAUUCUACAUCAUGAAGGCCUGAAAACAGGAUUCUAUAGGUAAAAUUAAUACAGAUAUAAAAUCUUGUGUUAAACAAACAAAGGAGAAUUUACAAGGACCAAGAACUAGCCGUAAAUUCACCAUAGGUGCACUACAAGUCUGAUCAAGGAAAAUUCAUUGGUAGUUAUUGUUGUGAUAUCAUCAGCUUUAAGACUCAAGAAGGACUUAAUAGUUGUCUUUGUACAGGUUUAACCUGCUAGUAAAGUUUGUUUACUUUGUUUUGUGGUAUUUAUACCCCUGCUACAUUGUAGCUUCAUGGUACAAAGACCAGGAUGAAACUCUCACUACUAGUAGUGUAGUUUUCAAUGGAAUUUUGUUUGUAACGAGUUUAACCGUGCAAACUUGUGUCACCCAGCUCACCACAUUUGAUGGAGGUCAGAGAGAGAAUCAGAAUCAAUGGGAAACCAUUACCUAAGGAGAUGUUUGCAAAAUAUUUCUUUGAUUGUUGGGAUAACCUAUUAAAUAAUGGUGAUGUAAGUACCAAGGUAAUUAAGUACAUAUUAUUUAAUGCUUCUUGCAUGUCAGAAAAUACAUAAGCUAAGGGGUGAAGAGUUUAGAAAGUGCAAUACAUUGGUAUACUGUCUCAACACUGUGUAAGGUUUCUGAUAAGUGUUUUGGUAAACUGAACCUUACAAAAUACUAGUGAAUUGGUUGGAUAAUAAAUGAAGAUGCAUCAAAAUACAAUACAACUUUCAGUGAUGAAUUGCAGUAUCAAAUAGAGAGAGAGAGUUAAACACCUUACAAAUGUACCAGAAGUAACCAGACACUUUGUAAGCUUAACCCUUUAACUCCCAAGAUCUCAUUAUCAAUUUCCCUUACUGUCUGCAGAAUGAUUCUCAUUAUGUUAGUUUGGGGAAUUUGAUAUAAGAUCAAUUAGUAAUCGUAUAAUGGAUAUUUUUCUUUAUUCUCAUCACUUGUCUGCAUGAUAUUGUAUAGAUAUGAUAAGGAGAAAUUCUCUCUUGGUCACUCAUGGGAGUUAAAGGUUUAAGUCUUUUUUCCCCUCUUACUUCUAUACUAGAGUAUAAUGUUACUGUAAAUCUAUGCUCGGUAGAUUUGAUAAUGAAAUGUGAUUCUGAUUUAUCUUGCAGCCUAUGUAUAAUAUGUCUUUUAAGAUUUAAAAUAUGUCUUGGCUCUAAUGAAUGCAGUUUUGUUGUGUUUCAGGAAGAAGGGAAAAACUCUAUGCCAGCAUACUUCAGAUUUUUGACUUUGAUGUCGUUUCAUGUCUUCCUGAAAGAAAAGGUAUGCCAUGAAUUUAAAGUUAACCCUACUUUAAAUGGUUAAAUUUUUUUACUGAAACAUAACAUACCAGUAAGUCUAGUUUUAUAUGUUAGCCUUACUUUGAACUGUUCCAAAACCAAUUACACUUUACGUAGAGAAACAUGAUUUAAGUCUAAUUUUGUUAUAUUAAUUUUUCUUCACCUGCUCAAAAUAAUGCAAUGGAUUGUGAUUAUUUGAGCUUGCAUCAUUAUGUUACUAUAAGAAUUAUCAAGAUUACAUAUUCAGUAUUCAAAUGUUAACUUAAAUAUAUUAACCCUUUAGCUCGCAUAAAUGACCAAGACAGAAUUUCUCCUUACAAUAUCAAAGACAAUAUCAAGCAGACAAGUGAUGAGAAUAAAGAAAAAUAUCAGUUAAAGGAUUAUUAGUUGAUCCAAUACCAAAUUCUCAAAACUAACAUCAGAAGAACUGUAUAACAGACAGUAAGGAGAAUUACUAAUGAGAUCUUGGGAGUUAAAGGGCUAAACUAAAUAUGAUUUUGCUCUGUUUUGAGGUUGAUGUGGUAAUUCUUGAGGUUGGAAUUGGAGGUGCAUAUGACUCUACUAACAUUAUCAGGUAUUUGUUUGUAUUCCAUCUGUUGUUUGCUGUGUAAUUACGUAACAAUUAAUGCCCCAAUCUCUUGAAAUUCCUUACACACUAGUUUUUAUAUUCAGCUAAAUUUGUAAUUUGUGAUGGAAAUAUCAAACUAUAAUAUUGAUAUUAAUACAUGUCUAUCCAGAAAUCCUGUUGCUUGUGGAGUGACAUCCCUUGGCAUGGACCAUGUAAGCACAUUGGGUGGAACUAUAGAAAGUAUUGCUUGGCAGAAGGCUGGGAUAUUUAAGGUACAUGUUAUUCAUUAUAGCUACCUAUUACUGUAUAAUUUCACAAGAUUUACAUUCAUCAUGAAUGCUCAAAAGGGCACUCAAAGAACUGUUUUUUUACUGAUAACCACAAACUGCAAGCACAAACCAAAAAAAAACCAAACACAUGCAAUUCCAUAGGGAAAUGUUGUGUGAACCAGAAAUGAAACAGUAGCCAUGUUCAUUGACAUCUCAUAUUAGGAUGACUUUGCAAGUCUUGUAAUUUGCCACAUCUUCACUUGUUGCACUUGUAUUUCCAGCCAGGAGUUCCUGCUUUUACUGUCCCACAGCCAGAAACAGCCCUGGAUGUUGUGGCUAAUAGAGCAAAAGAAAUAAAGGUACCAGUCAAAUUUUUAAAUUUCUUUUUUAACACCUGAACAAUUUUCUGCAGUCAUAAUUAUAUUUAUUGUAAUCACAUUUUCAGGCUCCUCUUCACAUCAUUCCUCCCUUAGAUGACUAUCCAGGAGGUUUGCCAGGUAUUCCCACUAUCUAUUUUACCCUUAACCCUCAAUUUCAUGAUCUUAGAACUAAUUCUCUUUACUGCCUGCCAUAAAUCAAUAUUUUUCUAGAGUCACUGUUAUUGCCUGCUUGCUUGUAAACACAAUGUCGGUAUUUACUGACUGGCCAUUCCCAGGAAAUUACAUGAGUGGGAAGGGGUUUAGGAAUAGGAUUGCAUACAUGUACUCCAUAUUCUUAUUCAUAUUUUUUGGGGUAAAAUGUAAUUUUAAUUUUUAAAAUAACUAAUAAUGAAGGGGAACAAUUUGCAUGUUUCUUUGAGAGAGGAGAAUUACCGAUAAUGGCUGCCACUUACCUGCAAAAAAAACUUUAUGUUAAAUUCAUAUUUAUACUUCUUAUGUGCUCUGAUAAGAUAAUGUCACUCACAUUUCUUUUUUUCAUUUUUGGGUACUUUUUAAGUUCUUGGUCUGGAAGGAGAUCACCAGUUAUUGAAUGCAUCCCUCGCCCUACAGCUUUGUCAAACAUGGGUUUCAAGAAGAUACAUGAAGGAUGAUAAUCAUGAAGGUUUGAUUUUUAUUUAGUUGAUUGAUUGUUUAAAUAAUUAGCAUCCAGAUUUUUUGUUAAAGAAGUACAUACUCUUGGGGGUAAGUGAGAAUGCGCAGUAAGAAGGGCAACCCUGUGUGCUAAGGAAAAGUUUGAAUUGGUUUUGAAAUUUAUGCAGAACUACAUUUCAUUUGGUUUUCAUUUGAUGCUGUGCUCUGUGUGAAUGAUUUUGAGUAGUUGCACGCAUCCCUCAACCAGUUAUGAAUUACAACAUAAACACAAAAACUAAUUGUGACCUAGAUUUCUCAUGUAUUUCUCUCUUUUAUUCAUGUAAUUUUGAAUGAGUUAUUAGAUUCUUCAGCUAUAAAUCUGUCUUUGUUUUGAUUGGCUAUGAUGACUAUUGUCUUGUGGUUUUGGAGCUUUUUUAAACCUCAACCAAAAAACCUGACACUUGUAUUCUUGGCUAACUCAGUGCCUUGGUUGUGCUAUGAAGCAUUGUUUUCUUGUGGCCCUCAGUAUAUUUAAUCCUUGUGUUGUCAAACUUAGGAGCACUUCCCACACUGAUUUAACCAGAGAUAUCUCUGAUUAUGUUUACUGAACCAUUGAGAGUUACCAAUAAUGCAAAGUUCUCAACAGUAUUUAAAGGUCAAAUAAAUGUUUCCAUUUCUUCUCUAUCAUCUAGUGGAAAACGAAACAAGUGUAGAAAAAGCACCCAGGGAAGAGAAGUUGUCAAGUGAACCCUUGACUAAAAAAGCUAAAAUUGAAGUUCCUGUUGCACAAACAUUUGAAAUCUCCAAUACUUUUAGAAGCGGUAAGAAAACAGUUCAUCUAUUUCAGUUAUUAGUCAAAUACCAAAUUGAAAAUGACUUUACUGCCAAACUUUGUUGUUGAAAAUUUUGGAAUGAAAAUUCUGUGACUCAGGCCUAUUACUGUUUAAAUUAUGUGCUCUCUGCAACUGGUUCUGACCUAACAUGUGAAACAAAUGAAAGCUUUGUCAAUCAGCAAGCAGUUUUUGACUUCAAUUAAUUUUUACGUCUCAAAUGUAAAAAAAGGAAGUUUAAUUAAGUAUGAAGUGGAUGCCCAGAGGAUGUUAUUUCUCUGUCUUUUUAACCCAUAAACCCUAAUGUCACUAUGCACAUUCUUCGGUUUGCAUGUUAUCUAAGAAGAUACAUUUCCUAAGGUGCUGACAAUAAGAAAUUGCGUAACAAUUAAAAGCUUCUUCAUCUGGAGAUCAUUUCCAUCAUUCUUGUGACCUUAAUGGUUGAUUCAGGGGUGAUAUUGUAAGGAAGAAUUCUAUUCCAGUUACAAGACAGGUGUCCUGUAUUAGGAACCCUCAUUAAUCAACUUUUAUAUCUGCUCCUGUUGAAUAAAGACAUCCUUUGAAUACAGGUUCAUCUUACAGUAGAUGUGGCAGGAAAGUUUGGGCCUUGGGCAAGUGUCCAGGCAAUGUGGGGUUUGCAAAACAAGGCAUCACUGUAUUUCUUAUUUUAAUUGUACCAGGAUUGAAAAAUACCAGAUGGUGUGGACGAAACCAAGUCAUUGUUAGGCCGGCAGUUACUUUUUAUCUGGAUGGUGCUCACACACCAAGAAGUAUGGAGGUACUGGAAUACAUACACUGUCUGAUAGCUAUUUAAAGUUAAGAAUCAAACUGGAACAUGUAAAGGCUGGUGUCAUCAUAACACAAUUUUCAAUCAAGUACUGUAUCAACAGUGUCACUGGAUUGCUUUGUUUUUCCUUUACUUUGCUCUGUAAUUUAUCAAGAAAACUCACACCACUCUUUCAACCAAUCAGUUGUGAAACUUAAACCAAUUAUUACUUGAUUGCCAAUAUUUUCCCAUGCUUUAGGCAGUUUGGUUGAUUUUACUUUGACUUCUUAUCUUUACUGCCCUUAAUUCUAAUUGGCUGAUGUGAUCACAUUGAUUUUGAUUAUACAACACUCAAUUGAAAAGCACCCCACAUAUAAACCAGUUCUAAGUUAGGUCCAUAGCUUUAUAAGGGUAUAAGUUGAUAGCAUGAGGAGGAAAACACCAGCUGACAAGGCUUUCCCGUGUGUACAGAUGUUAUGUGCUUAAAAUAUAUAUUCAAAAUUGUAUUUGGAUGCCUGAAACAGGAACACGUCCUUGCUUCAAUUUUUACCCUUCAUUUAGUCUCAACAACCAAAUAAAAUUGUCUUUUGUAUUUGAUUUACUUGAGAAUCAUACUUAUAGAGUGGGUUCAAAGUUUAGCUUCACGACCACAUCCACUCUCCUUUACAUACUGUACAAAUUCUCUAGAAGCACCACACAUAAGUGAUGUAAUGUUCAGAGAUAUUAUGUCUUUGUUUAAAAUUUGCAGCCUUUUGAUUACUUGCUUUUAGGGUGAUCUGCUGUAACUAAGAGCAGAUAGAGAAAACUGAUAAUAACAUGAGGGGGUAGUGAUGAGUUAGUUGGAAAAAGAGAGUAGUGGCGAUGAAAAAGGUUUGGCUCAUUUUACACUUAAAGGAUUUUCAUAUUCUGGUGUUUUAGGCCUGUGCCAGGUGGUUUAAAAGGAGAGCUGAUGAGGAAAAAGAAAAAGAAAGGUGAUGUAUAGAAUGAGCAAUAAAUUAAAUGCAAAUGAGAUUUCCCAUGCAGUUAAACUAGUAAUCUGAUGAAGGAACAGAUCAGAAGACAAGACAUUUUAGUUUAAAAAUGAUGUAAACUUUCUGAGUCUAGGAUCAAGACAAAAGGCACACUGUGACAUUUUCCUGUCUUUUUCAUUUGUGUUUGUGUUAUAGAGGGACUGUUGCACGAGUGUUGCUUUUCAACUUGACUGGUGGGCGUGAUCCUCAUGGUCUUCUGAAACCAGUCAUGGUAUGUAUUUUAUUAAAUCGUUCCUAUUUUUAUUGAUUGAAAUAGAAUUAACAAUGUUUUGAUUAACUAAACUUGCAGCAUGAAUGAUUAUCUUGAAAGAGGAAAUGUUAGGGGCAGUUGAAUGAGUGCUUAUUGAUGGAUAAGUGAUAACAAGACGUAUCAUGUUAUCCACCGGAUAGAGAUUUAUCUAGGGGAUAGCAUUAUCCGAUCUUUGAACAACCAGGGCCUGCUGAUUACUUAGAAUCCCUUUGGUGAUUUCAUGUGUUCAUGAGUCCUACGUUUUUCAUUUUUCAGAAAUGUGAUUUUGAUCAUGCAAUUUUCUGCCCCAAUAACAUCAAUCUGAAUUUGAAAAGCAGUGAUUCAGGUAUAUGAUGUCAAGUAAUUUUAUUUUGAUAUUUUGAAGUCAUUUGAAGCAUUCUUUGCAUUGAUCCCUGUCGCAUGUUUUUUUUUUUUCCUAAUUUUUCUUUCUCAGAUCUGACAAAUUUUACUGUAAGUCGUGAUAACCAGUUACGAUGGUGUGUGGAAAACCAACGUGUCUGGAUGGCUCUGAGAGGUGCAGGAUUCCAAGCCCAUGCAGACCCAACAGGGAACUGUACAGAAAUUACAAAUGGCCACCAUGUGAUCAAGAAUGGUCUUGAUGAUGGCCCAUAUUCAACCAUAUUUCCUUGUGUUUCUCAAGCUAUUCGUUGGUUACUGGGAGGGAAAGAUCCUCUCAUAGAGGAAUUUUGCCAGGAGGAUCUGCCAGUACCAGAUUUUAUUACAAAGGCUUCAAGAGUUCAGGUUCUAGUUGGAGGAAGUUUGCAUCUUGUUGGUACUGUCAUGAAAGUUCUGGGACCAGAAAUUGUGGGAGAUGUUUAGAAAGGAUAUGAAAAGGGUAUCCAUUUUCACAGAAUGCUGUAUUAAGAGGUCACAGAGAGUUAUUCAGCUAUUUACAGUGUGUGUGAAAAGGACUUGAUAAUCAGUGAUUUAAAACUUGAUUUCUUAAAAAUGAUGAAGUUUUUAUGGUUGACACCCAGAUGUAAGAAAUAUGCUGACCGAAGUAAAUGUGACAUACUUAAUGAUAUAACUUUGAGAAGAAUUUUCAAUAACUCAACUGACUGGACUAAGAAAAUUAGUUGUUAUGAUAUGUAAGGCAGAUAAUGAGGCCACAUUGCCUCAGCUAUUUUAGUGAAACUUUUGUUUAAUAGUUUGUAUAUAUAGAUAUAUUUAUGUUUGUAAAUUACUUGCAACAGUUAUGUCAUUGAGAUCCUGUUUCUUGAAAUAACAUACCAAAUUCUGGUGGCACAUGAUUCCAACAGUAGAAGCUCUAUUUAGAAAAUUAAAAAGUUAUUUUACUCAAUUUGUAAGCUGUAUACAAAGUUUAGAUUAUUGCAUUUUAUUUUGUUAUGGGUUGAAUGGCAACAAAAGCAGAGGAAUCAGCUAGGGUGUUGAUGGAAUUUUAACACAAAUGUUAGAACUUACAGCUGCAUUAGAUUAAUAUUACUGUAAAUCUAGAAAAAUUCAUUAAGAUUUUUAGUCCAUUGUUUCAUUCUAAGUUUUAUUCUCCUCUCCCAGUCUGUAAAUGUUGCAUAAUAUCCAAAUUCUUUGGUUUGGAAAUGUAUUCUGUUAGAAUCAUGUGCCUCAGACAUAGACUGUGUAUGCUUUAGUAAGAUUUCUCAAUGAAAUAAUUGGCAAAUUUCUUAGAUGCAAGUAUGUGAACUAGUUGAUCUCCAGCCAAUUAAUUACGUGUAGACCACUUGGAAUGAAUUAGUGUAUGUCUUAUUGCAGAGUAUUGUUGCAAGAAACAUGUAAAAAUUUUGAAUGAAGAUUUCCUUUAGGGAUUUGAAUCACAGAUGGUUUUUCUUUUUUAAUUUAUGAAUUUAAAAGACUGUCCCCUUUGAUAUAGAAUGGAUUUGUGUAAAUAGUUAAAGGUAUUUCACAAUCUUAGAUUCAUACAUUACCUGUACAGAAGUCAUAAAUGCAUAUAAAGAACAAAUUUUGUUACAAAGAUAAAACAUCACAAAGAUGGACAAAAACAUUUCAGUGUCAAUUUAUUCAAAUUGGUUGGAAGGGUAAUAUGUACUCUGUUUCAUGAAGCUCUAAUUAAAUCAACCUUAAUACAAACUUGCCAGCAAGCCAAGACAUUAAACAAUUUAAUUAUUACCAUUUGUGUCUAACAUUUUUUUCAGUUGUGCAAUCUGCUUGGUACCCAGAAAACAAC